AUGGCCUCCCCUCGUACCGACGAUGUUGAACAGCUUCUCCAGCUGCUUACCCUAGAGGAGAAGGUCUCCUUGCUGGCCGGAGCCGAUACAUGGCAGACCAACGAGAUAAGCCGGCUCGGCAUCGGUUCCCUCAAGACAACUGAUGGUCCCUCUGGGGCUAGAGGUCAGCUCGCGGUCGACGGUCCUACCGCGGCGUUCCUCCCUGGGCCAAUCUGCCAAGCAGCAACAUGGUCCAAGCAACAGCUUCGAUCUGUCGGUCGUCUGCUUUGCGAGGAGGCCAGGACGAAGGCGGCACAGAUUCUACUUGCGCCAACCAUCUGUCUCUCGAGAAACCCUCUUGGUGGCCGCAACUUUGAGAGUUUCGGCGAGGAUCCCUUUUUGACGGGGUCUUUGGCCACUGAAUAUGUGGCUGGAGUCCAGGAGACGGGCCAAGUGAUGGCGACUGUAAAGCACUUCGUUGCUAACGAGCAAGAAUGGCAACGUUUCACCAUCGAUGCCAAGGUCAGCGAGAAGGCCUUGAGAGAGAUGUACCUCAAGCCUUUCGAGAUGGUGGUCCAAUCAAACACCACGCCGGGCUGUCUCAUGACAUCUUACAAUGUCAUCAAUGGCGCCCACGCCGAUAUGAACCACCAUCUGCUCCAGAAAGUCCUUCGCGGUGACUGGGGCUUCAAGGGCCUCGUCAUGAGCGACUGGGGCGGCACCAACUCUACUGCCGAGAGCAUCAUGGCUGGCCUCGAUCUCGAGAUGCCUGGGCCACCUAGCAAGAGAGGAGAAUUGCUCCUCGAGGCUGUCAAGAAGACCGAGAACCCCGAUAAGCUACUCAAGGCCAUUGACUCCUCUGCCGGCCAAAUUCUGUCCAUGUGCAAGAGAAUGGGACUCCUAGGGCUGUCUGAGGAGGAGGCUCUGCAGACUCGCAAGCAGCUGGAGCAGUCGUCAACAACACAGGAAGGCAUAAAGCUUAUGCGAACUGUGGCUGCCCAAGGAGCUGUCCUGUUGAAGAACGACAGCUCCACACUUCCUCUAAAGCCAGCUGAUCUUUCAGGAAAGCAAGUCGCUUUCAUCGGUCCCAAUGCCUUGGUUGGAACGCCAGGCGGCGGUGGAUCGGCCACCAUGAACCCGCAAUACCUGAGUCAACCUAUGACCUCUUUCAAGGCUGCAGUCGAGGCACAAGGGCUGCACACUCGUGUAGUGUACACUCAGGGAGCAUACUCCAAGAAGUGGUUGCCCCUCUUUAAGAAGGACCAGUGGAAGUCCCGGUCGUCAGGAGACGACGGCAAGAACUUGGUCCGCGUUGACUUUUACACUACUCGCGACCUUUCGGGUCCCAUCCUCGAGACGCAGCAUCGUAACAGCUCCUGGGUCGACUUUAUCGACUCUGCACCGCUGCCUCUCCAAAAGGCUCACGUUCCACCAUAUUCCUUCCGUGUCACAUCUACUGUACGUCCCCAGACCACCGGAAACCACCGGUUCGGUGUUGCGAGCGUGGGUGAAGCUCGCCUGUUUAUUGACGGGGAGCUGGUCCUCGACAACUGCAACUGGAAAGAAACUUCCGAGGCCUUCUUUUCGUUUGGAAGCCGUGAGAAGAUUAACUCCAAGCACAUGAACGCCGGGCAAACCUACGACCUUGUCGUCGAGGGCUGGACGAAGCCCGGUCUCUCUGAAGAGGCAUCCCUGCAUUUCUUUUCAGGACAUCCUUCAGUCCGCAUCGGAUUCGAAGAGGAGCUCCCGAAAGACAUGAUCGAUACCGCUGUCAAGACUGCCGAUGAGAGCGACUACUCGGUUGUUAUCCUUGGCAUUGACGACGAGUGGGAGAGCGAGGGUUAUGACCGACAGUUCAUGCAUCUCCCAGGCACCCAGAACGAGUUGGCAGAGGCGUUGUUGACAAGGUGCAAAUAUCCUGAACGUCUGAUUUUUAUUAACCAGUCAGGAUCCCCUGUUGAGCUGCCAUGGGAAGACAAGUGUAGCACCCUGGUGCAGGCUUGGUACGGUGGCCAGGAAGCGGGCAAUGGGCUGACAGACUUACUCCUGGGAGUCAUCAGCCCAUCUGGCCGGAUGCCUAUCUCGUGGCCACGCAAGUACACCGAUCUCCCGUAUGCCGCAGACCAGGAGAUGUGGCCUGGAGUCGACGGCAAGGUCAUUUACAAGGAAGAGUGCCAUCUUGGAUAUCGACACUACCUACACAACAACGUGCGACCUCACUUCUGGUUCGGUUAUGGACUGAGCUACACCCAGUUUGAGUCUUCAGUCAAGAUUGAAGUCAAGAACCCAGAUUCGUGGAGUUUCAACGCUACCGUCAAGAACGUCGGCAGUGCUGAUGGCGAAGAAACAGUUCAAUUGUAUGCCUGGCCAUCUGGAAAGGACGCCGAGAGGCGACUGGUUGCUUUUGACAAGACUCCUGUGUUGAAGCCAGGCGAGGAGGCUUCCUUGAGGCUUAAUGUGAGAAAGCGAGAGCUGGCUUCCUGGGAGGGUGACGUUGAUGGUCCAUGGGUGUUACCGGAGGGGGUUUGGCAGUUUGCUGUUGCCAAGCAUGCUGGUGAUACCGAUGUGAAGGCCAUUGAAGUGCCGGUGCAGUCAGCUAGGACAUGGAAGGCUUCUGAGUGGUAG